GUUUGUGAAGGUGUCGCGGCAUGAGUAUCUGUGUCGAUUUUCUCCGCAUGGCUUCUGUGAGUGAGAGGCCGCAUAAUAAUUAAAUCUACGGCUCCUGCGAGUGCAUGAAAGGUUCCAUACGGAGUUUCAAAGUGAUAAUAAAAGUGGAUGCGAUUUAAAGUGCGGUAGUGCCUCCCAAGAGGAAUCGAGGGAAGUAAAAAGAAAAAAAUAAAUAUUUAAGCCGAGUGCAGAGCAGAGGAGAAGGAGGAGGGUUGGUCUCUCGCUCUUUCUCUCUCUCUCUCUCUCUCUCUCUCAUGAUAACGCUUGUGUGUGUUUAAGAGAACCCCUCGGGAAAAAAAACCUGAAGCGUGUGUUUGUGUGUGUGUGUGUUUGGAUAUAUCAUAAACUUCUAUCAUUUAUUGUAGAUGCUUAUCAUGGAUUAGCAGCAAUGAGGAUCUCCAAUGAGUCAGGUAAGGCGAAAAAAGGAGACGAAGAACGAAACGAAAAGAAGAAAAGGUUGUGAAGGCUUUGGAUGUUUCCAUCUUGGUGUCACCGAAGUAGGAGGAGGCGGAUGGGAAACAGAGGAGGAAGAGGAGGAGGAGGGAGCAGCAAAGGAAGAAGAAUAACUAAAGGUAUUUAUCGUCACAUAUGAAGGCGGUCUUCAUGGAUGCUUUGAGCAUGGCAAGUAUUCUUGGGCUCCAAUGAUAGGCCCCGAAGAAAUGGAGAAUAUGAAAAUAUUGGGUGAUCGUUAAUGACAACAUUGGAAGCAGCUCGCUGGGAAUGGAAUUUAUGAAAAGGAUCCUUUAGAUUAUGAGUGGGCUAGACGACACGCUGUCCCGCUAUCCAUGGAGUCUAAAUGACAUGAUGCGGGUAUCGGGCAGUGACAGACGAGCCGAGAGUGAUACAGUACAUAGAAGCGGCACGUAAAAUAAUUACUGUCAACAUAGCUAGGGGGUAUGCGUGGCACGGUGAAGCAGGGGGCGGGGGGUGGUGGGGUGAAGGAGGAGGGGGGCGGUACUGUCAAAACGGGGGGUGCCGGUGGACGGCGGACUAAAGCCAAUCACACUCAUGCCACUCCUCUCCCUACGCCCACGAUUAAGCAAGAGCCGGGCACGGAAAUCAAGCCAGAUCCGGACGCCCCAACCGCCACGACGCCCUGUCUCAACGGGGAUGACCCAGCCGCAAAGACCACACCCCCAUGCCCCGCCAAUAAUAACAAUACCACCAGUGCUAACAAUAAUAAUAAUGGUGCUGGUGGAGUGAAGGUUAAAACAGAAAUAGCCAACGGGGGCCCUGAAAAUGACACUAAACCAAGUACGGCUUCCACAACAACAACCACGACGACAAUUACCACUACAAUCACCACUACCUCGACUACUACAACCACAACUCCACCGCAUAAUAAUGAAGGUUGUAAUAUGGGUGACGGUGACGGGUCAAAGAUGGCUGGUGUCUGCACGGGAGUACCCAGUAUGGACGGGGCAUCGAUACCCCAGCUGCAGUCAGCAGAGGGUGAUAGGAGUACGUACGGGCCAGGAAUGGGCUCCAUGGGGAUGAAGGGAGGUGCUGGAGCUGGUGUAGCCACCAGCGAUGCACAGUACAUGCAGCAGCAAAGUCAGAUCUUUGUGUUUACCACUCACUUAGCAAACAAGGCUGCAGAGGCUAUUAUUCAGGGAACCUAUAGCACCAUAAUAGGUUUUCACUGCGACCAACCAGGCACCAAGAAACUAUUAGAGAAACACCCUUUGAAAACGACACAGUUUGUCCGUCAGAAUCAAGCCCACUGGCUUAAUACAUUUGCCAUGAAAGGCAAUAAAGGAGCUAUGAAAGGUCCAAUGGGCCCUAAUGGUCCCAUGAUGCCCAAUGGACCUAUGGGCCCUGGCGGUCCUAUGUGUCCUGGUGGACCUAUGGGGCCAGGUCAGAUGGGAGAAAUGGGUCCAAUGGUCAGUGGGCCUGGAUGUCAGGGGGUUGAUGGUGGACCGAGUAUGAUGGGCCCUGGCGGAGGUGGUAUGACUAGUCCAGGAAUGAUGGGUCCUGGCCCCAAUGGAGGAGCAGGAAUGAUGGGACCUAGAGGGCCUGGUAUGAUGGGUCCUGGUGGGCCUGGUGCAAUGUCAGGAGGACCUGGUCCUCACAUGAUGGGACCUAUGAUGGGUCCAAAUGGACCUGGGCAGAGAAUGCCAGGUAUGCUAAUAAGUGCCCCAGCUGGUGUGAAGGUGCCUGAUGAUCACUUAACCCCGGAGCAACGACAACAUAGAGAGGAGCAGAUGGCUAGGUUACGUCAAAUGCAGGCAUUGUUGUUACCAGAACUACAUUCUCCUAGCCAGAGUGAAGCAGGGCACCCUGGGGGUCAGCCAGCAUGCUCUACCAGUUCAGGAGGAUCUAAUAUGUUACCGUGUUCUCAGAGUCAAUCUACUGCAGUGUCAUCCCAGUCAGGUCCUCCAUGUUCACAGAGCACACCUGUAUCAUGCAUGGGCCCUUCUCCAGUUACAGGAAUGGGACCUUCUCCUGGAAUGGGGCCUAGUCCAAGUAUGGGGCCUUCACCAGGAAUGGGUCCAAGUCCAGGAAUGGGGCCUAGUCCAGGUAUGCCAAAUACCAGCAUGGGUCCAGGCCCUGGCAUGGGUCCACAAGGUGGAAUGGGUCCAGGACCAGGGUCAGGAAUGGGACCUGGAUCAGGAAUGGGGAUGUCACCAGGUAUGAUGGGUCCUGGAGGGCCAAAUUCUAUGAUGUCCCAAAGUGGACCAAUGAUGGGGCAGAACCACAUGAUGACAUCACAGGCAAAUAUGAUGGGUGGUCCUAUGGGUCCUGGCAUGAGGAUGGGGCCAGGAGGUCCACAGUCAAUGAUGAUGGGAGGUCCCAAUGCUGCAGCUCAGGUGGAAUGGCAAAGAUUACAAGCUGAAUUCUUUGAAAGUAAGAGGAAGAAAGGAUCCGGUUGCCCAGACAAUACCAUGGGUCCUAUGGGACCCAUGGGACCUAUGGGUCCAGGUGGUCCUAUGGGUCCUGGAGGUCCUAUGGGACCUGGUGGCCCCAUGGGUCCUGGAGGUCCAAUGGGACCUAAUGGUCCCAUGGGUCCAGGAGGACCUAUGGGUCCUGGGGGUCCUAUGGGUCCAGGUGGUCCCAUGGGUCCUAAUGGCCCAAUGGGUCCAAAUGGUCCAAUGGGUCCAAAUGGUCCAAUGGGUCCAAAUGGUCCUAUGGGUCCAAAUGGUCCUAUGGGUCCAAAUGGGCAUAUGGGUCCUAAUGGGCAUAUGGGUCCGAACGGACCCAUGGGUCCUAAUGGACAUAUGGGUCCUAAUGGUCCAAUGGGACCUGGUGGCCCAAUGGGUAUGGGGCCAGGUGGUCCAAUGGGCAUGGGCAAUCAUAUGGUUGGUGGACCAAUGAUGCCUGGAACAAUGAGUGGUGGAAUGGGUCCUGGUGGCAUGCGUCCAAUGGCGCCUGGUUCCCGCAUGCAGGGUCCACCUCCACCAUACCAAGGACCUCGUCCAAUGGGUAAUGGGCCAUUGUCUUCUCCUGGCUCACCGUCCAUGUGUGCCAUGACAUCGCCGCGAAUGCCAGGUGGUGGUCCAGGAGGAGGGCCGGGUAUGAGGAUGAGCGGCCCAGUUGAUUCACCAAGACCACUUAAUCCUAGCAACCCUUCAACCCCUGUAAGUGGUCCACCAAUAACCAGUCCCUCUCUAACACAAAAGGAUCAGCAGCCACAUACACCUCAGCCAGAUAUAACAUUUGGACGCCAACUACAAAACUUUGCGCAGCAGAAACAUCAGCCAUCAAAUGCUGCGCAACAAGGGGGAAAGGAACCUAACCUGAUGCCUGUUCCCUCCCCUCAACAAAUUCAAUAUCUCAGUAGUUUUGAAGGUCAAGAAUUAACCAUACAGAAACAGCCGAAUACCAGCCUUAGGGAUUCUGAAAUAAUGUCCCCUAUGGGAGAUACAAGUGUAGAUGGGAGCCGUGUGUCUGGACCAGCAACUCCUUUAGGUGGUCCAACCACACCACUCACACCCUCAUCAGAAGCCAAUGCGCGAUUUACUGGUCCAAACACUCCAGAUAGAUUCCCAGUGCCAUCACCAGGUAUGGCUGUACCUUCAGCUCCACAAACUCCUCAAGCAACACCUGAAAAUAAAGGACCUCAGCAACGAUACACUGGCCCCUCACCCCAAGCUCAAACCAGCACUUCAACAACCACAACUCCCACUAAUACAUGUAGCAAUAACAGCAGUAGUAAUAAUAAUAAUAAUAACAAUAAUAAUAAUAGUAAUAAUAAUAAUAACAGUAAUAAUAGUAGUAACUCUGUCAGUGGUCAGGGCGGCCCAAAGACUCCAUCUAUGGAUACGAGAUUUCCUGUGCCAUCUCCAAAAACCCCUAGUAAUAUGUGCAGUGGUCCUACUACACCAAGUGGGCCUGAUACAAUGCCAAGAUUUCCAGGAGCUUCUCCACUCCAGUCUGGGGGAGGAAGUACCCAGACUGCAACAGGAACACCAGGAGGAGCAACAGGAACAGCAACAGCAUCAGCAACAACAGGAACAGGGCCAGGACCUGGACCUGGUGGUCCUGGAGACAUGGCAAACAUGGGAUCGCGUUUCACUGGGCCAUCGGGUGGUGCAGGAGGUGCAUCUGGUGGCAGUAACAAUCAGAUGAUGGGUAAAAUGGGUAGUGGAUUUUCUAUGUCACCAGGAAAAAUGACAUCAAUGGAUAUAGGUGGUGAUUUUCAUAAUCCUUCAGCAGCCAACAUGCCCCUUAACCCUAAUUGUAGUACCCCAGGAUCACUGUCAGCUCCAGGGCCUGGCAAGGUAUUUGAUCCGAUCUCAUCCAUGGCACAGAUGAGCCAGCAGUUGACAUCAGGAGGAGCUGGUUCCUCCCCACCAGUAUCAUCUGCUCCUACUCCUACUAUGCCCUCUGGCACAGGAUCGAUGUUGGGGACAGGUGCUCCAGCUGGUCCUGGUGCUCCACCUACUGGCCCAGGUAGUUGCUUGGGUGGUGGUCCUGCGAUGCCAAACAGUGGAUGUGUGUCAGGUGGAACUGUAAUGCCAACAGGGCCAAAUGUCACUACAGGUCACGGGAUGCAUGGUGGACCAGGUGGGAAUAUGAUGGAUGGCUCUGGAAAUAUGAUGGGAAUGCCACCAGUAUCAUCUAGUCCAGGCAUGUUACAAGGGCAUGGUGCCAUGACAUCUCCUGUUGGAAACAAUGGUGGUGGUGGUCCAAGAGGCACUUCUCCAAACAUGGCCAUGAUGAGUGGGCCAAAUCCUCGCAUGGGAGGUCCCAAUAACAUGGUGAGACCUCCGGCUCCUAAUUGUUCUAUGGCUGGCCCCUAUCCUGGUGCCAAUGUUCAAGUUAAACCCAGUGCUCCUAAUACCAUACAAUAUUUACCAGCUAGACCUCAGAACACAGGCAACGGCCCAAGAGCACCACCAAGCUUGGAUUUCUUACCACGUUUUAAUAAUCCUAAUGAAAACAAAGUGCCCGGUUCUCCAAUGUUCCCGAAUAGUAGUACUCCUAACUCAAUGUGUGGGCCCCCUGUGCCAAUGUCAACAAUAUCUAUGAGUGGACCGUGUGGGCCAAUGGGUGGACAUAUGCCUGGGCCUAUGAAUGGUCCAGGGGCACCGAUGGGAGGGCCUGGGGGCCCUAUGUGCACUAUGGCUGGACCUAAUGGACCUAUGGUGAAUAUGAACAACAACAUGAAUAAUAUGAGUGGACCUAAUGGGCCAUUCCCAAUGUCAGGGCCCGGGGGUCCUAUGGGUGGUCCAACUGGUCCCAUGGGAAUGGGUCCCAAUGGUCCAAUGGGUGGCCACAUGGGAGGUGGAAUGAGUGGGCACAGUGGACCAAUGAUGGGCCCAAAUGGCCCCAUGGGUGGACCUAGUGGACCCAUGAUGGGACCAAAUGGACCAAUGGGAAUGAACCCAAAUAUGAUGGGUGGUGGACCUAUGGGACCUGGUCAAAUGAUGGGACCUAGAGGUGGGGGUCCAAUGAUGCGUGGCCCGAGUCCUCAGAGUAUGAUGGGUGGAAUGGGUGGUGACAUGUAUGCAAUGGGUGGUCCAGGUCCCAACAUGAGUGGUGGCCCUAUGGCAGGUGGUCCUGGGCCAAACCCUGGUGGCCCUAAUCAGAUGAUGAGUGCAUCAGGCCCCAUGUAUGGUCCUAAAACUUCUCCUGUAAACAUGAACAUGGGGGGAGGUAUGGGUGGAGCACCAGAUACAGCACAGCCUCUUCCGCCAUCUAUGGGUCAGUCUGGUAACUUUAAGAAUAAUCCAUUCAUGGGGCCUACUACAGCAGACCCUACCUAUGCCGCCCAGUUCCACAGCUUCCAGCAGCAGCUGUAUGCCACCAAUACUCGUGGGGGCCCUAGUAUGGCAAUGUCUGGGCCAAUAGGAGGACCAGGUGGCCCAGGGCCUGUAGUCACAGGGCCUCCUGGAGGACCUCCAGGCAUGACUGGUCCUGGGCCUAUGCCUGGUCAGGGCUUCCCAUUUAACCCCAAGUGAGGCGUGGGGAAAACUACCUCACAGGUGACCUGGUGCUAGCAGCUGCCGCCCAGCACACUCACCACUAUGCAACUCUACCCCUCCCUCCUCCUCUGCUGGUAGUCAGUGGUGGUGGUUGUGGCGGUGGUGGUGAUACUGCUCAAGUGUGGUGGUGGUGGUGGUGGCGUGCCCCCUCCCCCACAGACCCUCCCCGCCCUCAUGACCAGUGAACCUAAGGUGGGUUGUGAGGGUCGCCCCCCACCCACCCGUGUGCCCGUCCAGUGGUGGGGUCGCCCCCCUGCCCCGCACAGUCCACUCAGUUCUCACUUUUCAGGGCAACUUGUAAGUUUGUAGUUUCGAUACUGUUACCGGGGUGCUUUGUAGUGUAAGUGAUUCUUGCUCUGUUCACCUGUCCUUCAGUGGUUGUUAUUAACUGCUUGAAAAUAAAAAAUAAUAAAAAAAGAUUUCAUACCAGUGCAGUGAUGUGGUGGAAUAAUAGUGGUGCAGGAGGGCUUGGUUAGGAGUGACAUCCUUCAUCAUGAUGACGAUGCAUUGAUUUGCAGAGCAAGUGAUGUGAGCCGGCCUCAUGCACAUACAAUAAAGUCUUUCGUGUAAUAUGUCUAGACUGUGGUGGAUUAUUCUGGGACUCGUAAUGUCCCUCUAGUGUGACUUUUUAAAGUAAAGGAAUUUCUAUAACCUGUGCUGUGUGAAGGUGCAGCUAAGACUUCGUUUGAUGUGUUUUACAGAAACAAAGUACAAUCAUUGGUUUACUAAACUAACAAUCAGUCUUGUUGUCUUGUGUAUAUGUGUUAUAUGAGUGGAAAAAUAAGAGAGAUUUUGAUAUUUAACUAGUGAAGUUGUUCCUGUUAUAUGUGACAAAGGAGGACAGGUUGUCAUGCAAUGUGGAAGGUGCUCAGUCUGCCCCACUGCACUGGUUGAUUCAAUGGCCGACGAUGGCAUCAGCAUUGUACAAAUUGUUAAGCCCUCUCAUACCACACUACAUCCACUGCAAUGCAAUGCAAUAUGGAUAAGGAUGCAGCUGCUGCUUGAUAAAAGCAAAUUAUUUGUUUUUAUGAAUGUAAAAUUCCUUCUCCCCUUCUUCUCCCUUCUCUGCAAGUUAAGUUCAAUUCCUUGAAUAUUUGUAUGAUUCCUUUGUAUCAUUGUAAAGUUUGUAUUAUAUGUAAGUUUUGUUUUCCCUUUUUUUUUGUUUGUUUGUUUUAAGGUCACACUUCUGAAGCUACAGGCCGACCCUGAUGUUUUGGCAGUAUUUUAGAAUGUAAUUUGAAGGAUGUGAACAUUUUUAUUAUUGACAAAUUUUACAUAAAAUAAUUUUACAAGAAA